UCAUUUCGCAAUCCAGAUGGCCGAGCCAACCUCAAGGAACCCUAGCUCUAUUUUUCACUAUAAAUGAAAACCACCUCUGCUCAUUUGUUCUUACUUCAGCCUCUGCCUCUUCUUCGCACUGAUUUGCUGCCUCCAUCUGGUAGCUGCCUUUUUUUAUCUUCAUUUCAGAAAAUGGGUAAGGAGAAGGUUCACAUCAACAUCGUGGUCAUUGGCCAUGUCGACUCUGGGAAGUCCACGACCACUGGUCAUCUCAUCUACAAGCUUGGAGGUAUCGACAAGCGUGUUAUUGAAAGGUUUGAGAAGGAAGCUGCUGAGAUGAACAAGAGGUCAUUCAAGUAUGCCUGGGUGCUUGACAAGCUCAAGGCUGAGCGUGAACGUGGUAUUACCAUUGAUAUCGCCCUGUGGAAGUUUGAGACCACCAAGUACUACUGCACUGUCAUCGAUGCUCCUGGACAUCGUGACUUUAUUAAGAACAUGAUUACUGGUACCUCACAGGCUGACUGUGCUGUCCUCAUCAUUGAUUCUACCACUGGUGGUUUUGAAGCUGGUAUUUCCAAGGAUGGGCAGACUCGUGAACAUGCUCUCCUUGCUUUCACUCUUGGUGUCAAGCAAAUGAUUUGCUGCUGCAACAAGAUGGAUGCCACUACUCCCAAGUACUCCAAGGCUAGGUAUGAUGAAAUUGUCAAGGAAGUCUCCUCAUACCUCAAAAAAGUUGGGUACAACCCUGAGAAGAUUCCAUUUGUACCCAUCUCUGGUUUUGAAGGUGACAACAUGAUUGAGAGGUCCACCAACCUUGACUGGUAUAAGGGCCCAACCCUUCUUGAAGCUCUGGACCAGAUCCUGGAGCCCAAGAGGCCCUCAGACAAGCCUCUCCGUCUCCCACUUCAGGACGUUUACAAGAUUGGUGGCAUUGGAACUGUUCCAGUAGGUCGUGUGGAGACUGGUAUCCUGAAGCCAGGUAUGGUUGUGACCUUCGGACCCAGCGGACUAACAACUGAAGUUAAGUCAGUUGAGAUGCAUCACGAGGCUCUCCAGGAGGCCCUCCCUGGUGACAAUGUGGGGUUCAAUGUGAAGAACGUUGCUGUGAAAGAUCUCAAGAGAGGUUUUGUGGCAUCCAACUCUAAAGAUGAUCCUGCUAAGGAGGCUGCCAACUUCACAUCACAGGUCAUUAUUAUGAACCAUCCUGGUCAGAUUGGAAAUGGAUAUGCCCCAGUUUUGGACUGCCACACGUCCCAUAUUGCAGUGAAGUUUGCUGAGAUCUUGACCAAGAUUGAUCGCCGAUCAGGCAAGGAGCUCGAGAAGGAACCCAAGUUUUUGAAGAAUGGAGAUGCUGGUUUUGUGAAGAUGAUUCCCACCAAGCCCAUGGUCGUCGAGACUUUCUCUGCGUAUCCCCCGUUGGGUCGUUUUGCUGUCAGGGACAUGCGCCAGACUGUUGCUGUGGGUGUUAUCAAGAGUGUAGAGAAGAAGGAUCCAACUGGAGCUAAGGUCACCAAGUCUGCUGCCAAGAAAGGAGGGAAAUGACUUGUGCGCUCAGCUAUUUCCAUAAAUGCCUUUAAGAAUAUUUUAUGCUACUAUUUUUGUGUUUUAAAAUGUUUAUUUAGUAGUUAUACCUUGAGUUUUCUGUGUCCACUGUGCAGUUGCUGUACUCAGAAUUGGGUGCUAGAUAGGCGGUGGAGUUAGUCUAUAUGUGGAUUUAUGGUUUGGUUUUGUAAGUUUGUUUGCACAUUGAGUUUGAUAUUGAUUGUCUUUCUCAUAUUUCUAUAUAUUUGUUCUCAUCUCA